UCCUCUUGAAGGGUUUCUACUGAAACCGAAGUGUCAUUCCCUCCACUUCCACAUCAUCAUCGUCAUCAUCAAGGAACCUGAUCUUCAUGGACAUUCCUCAUUACCACUUGGAUAAUGGAUCGGACGGUCAAUAUCUCCCGCCAGGCUUCAGAUUUCACCCCACCGACGAGGAACUCAUCAUACACUACCUCCUCCGCAAGGUUCUUGACAGUUGCUUCUCAAGCAGGGCCAUUGCAGAGGUUGAUCUCAACAAGUGCGAGCCUUGGGAACUUCCCGAGAAAGCGAAAAUGGGAGAGAAAGAGUGGUACUUUUUCAGCCUCCGAGACCGGAAAUAUCCGACGGGGCUGAGGACGAACAGAGCCACGGAGGCCGGUUACUGGAAAGCCACGGGAAAAGACAGGGAGAUAUACAGCUCCAAGACUUGUGCACUUGUCGGGAUGAAGAAGACUCUUGUCUUCUACAAAGGGAGGGCACCAAAGGGCGAGAAGAGUAACUGGGUCAUGCACGAAUACCGCCUCGAAGGCAAAUUCUCUUACCAUUUCAUCUCUAGAAGCUCGAAGGACGAGUGGGUGAUAUCUAGGGUUUUCCAGAAGACUUGCACCGGAGCCAACACCGGCGGCGGCGUAGCUGCUAAGAAGACAAAAAUGCCCAACGCCGUGGGCGGGAUUUACCAAGAACCCAGCUCUCCGUCCUCCAUCUCUCUCCCUCCUCUUCUCGAUCCCACCGCCUCCACUGCCGCCGCCACCUCUUAUGACAGCUGCUCCUACUACGGCCGCAGCACCACCGCUAGCGCCGUCGCCGAGCACGUGUCCUGUUUCUCCACUACUAAUGCUACAGCCUCUACCCUGGGCCUUAACUCCGACCCGUUUUUUCCGCCGCCGCAGCCGCCGGCCGUGAGCUUUGACCCAUUUGCCCGUUUCUUUUCAAGAAACGUAUGCGGCGGUGGCGGUGGUGGUGGUGUCUCGGCUUUACCUAACUUUAGGUCUUCCAACGACAAUUUCAAUCAGUUGCCUUAUUUUGGCGCGUCCGCAUCCCCGGCGGUCGUAACUCCGUUGUCCCAUGGAGGCAGCGCCGAGAGCUACUGGCCGCAGUCGCUUCCGCAGAUGCCGGAAGGUAACGAGACGAAAGCUGGUCUUGCUCAUAUAGGACUUGACUUCAUGUGGAACUACUGACCGUAUGUGAAGCGAUGAUCUUGUUUCCAGCUAGGGUUUCUCUCUGUGGUGUGUUUAUCUAUGAUUAUGAUGACUAUAGAUGCAUGUUGAUGUUGUUUUCCUUAACCUGAGUAUCCCUAGGGGUUGUUUAAGUUAUCAUGUUUAUGUUCGUUGUCUAGUUGUGAUAUUAUGUAUGUUGGAGAAUUAAUGUUGUUGAACCGUUGAAGCAUAUGAUAUAUUUAUUAUGUUUUUUUU